GGCCGCCGGCGGAUGCUGAGGUCCGCGCGCCGGGGACGACCGGGCACCUCCCCGCGGCGGCCCCGCCGAGCUCCUGCCCCCCGCGCUGAGCCCGCGCCCCCGCCGCCCCGCGCCGCCGCCGCGCUUUCCUGCUCUCCUCGCCCGCCUCUUCCGUCUCCGGAGGGAAGCGCCGCCGCCGCCGCAGCCCGGCGCAGGGCAAGCGCCCUCCUCCUCCCGCGCGCCCCCCGUCCCGCCCGGGUCUGCGGCCCCGCGUCCCGCCGCUGCGGAGGCAGCCAACGGCCCGGAGGGCAGCCGCCGCGAGGUCGGAAAUGUCCGCGGUCCUGCGGGAGCUGCUGCGGGUCUCCGAGAAGGCAGCGGACAUCGCCCGGGCGUGCCGGCAGCAGGAAGCCCUGUUCCAGCUGCUGAUCGAGGAAAAGAAGGGGGGAGAGAAGAACAGGAAGUUUGCAGUUGACUUCAAGACGCUGGCGGACGUGCUGGUACAGGAAGUCAUCAAACGGAGUGUGGAGAACAAGUUUCCAGGCUUGGGAAAAAAAGUUUUGGGAGAAGAAUCGAAUGAGUUCACUAAUGAUUUGGGGGAGAAGAUCAUCGUGAGGCUGUGUCCGACGGAGGAGGGGACAGCCGAGCUCCUCAGCAGGGUCCUUGGCGGCAACAAGUCGGCGUCUGAAGCAUUAGCCAGGGUUGUUCAUCAGGACGUCACCUUUGGCGACCCGGCUCUGGACGCGGUGGAGGUCGACAUUCCGCAGGACACCCUGGGGAUCUGGGUGGACCCCAUAGAUUCCACUUACCAGUACAUAAAAGGUUCUGCGGACAUUAAAUCCAACCAAGGAAUCUUCCCCAGUGGACUUCAGUGUGUCACCAUUUUAAUUGGUGUCUAUGACCUACACACAGGGGUGCCCCUAAUGGGAGUCAUCAACCAACCUUUUGUGUCACAAGACCUAAACACCCUCAGGUGGAAAGGACAGUACUACUGGGGCCUUUCUUACGAGGGGACCAACAUCCAUUCGCUUCAGCUUCCCGACCCCAAAAGAAAGAGUAGUGACACUCAGAGCCGAGGGACCGAAGACACCAGCUCCGAGGGCGAAUGCCCCCACGGGCUUUCAGCUGUCAUCAGCACGAGUGAGAAGGACACCGUCAGAGCCGCCUUGGCACGUGUGUGUGGCGAGCGCGUGUUCCCGGCGGCCGGGGCUGGCUACAAGAGCCUCUGUGUUGUCCAAGGUCUUGCUGACGUUUAUAUCUUUUCGGACGACACCACGUUCAAGUGGGACUCGUGCGCCGCUCACGCCAUCCUGCGGGCCAUGGGCGGGGGGAUGGUGGAUUUCAGCCGGUGCCUGCGGGCACCAUCCGGGCCGGCGCGCGAGUGGCCGCAGCUGGUGUACCACGCGGGAGACGAAGGUGCGGCCGGCGUGGAUCGCUGGGCCAACAAGGGCGGACUGGUGGCCUACAGGUCCCAGAAGCAGCUGGAGACGUUCCUGAGCCUCCUCAUCCCCAACCUCGCCCCUGCGGAUGCGUGCACGUAGGGAACUCUGUCCUCGUGCGAUUCAGAACCCACCCAUGAAGCAGUUUCCCGCGUCUCGUACCCUCGGAGAUA